AUGAGAGAGAGGGAGCAAGAGAGAGGAAGAGAGCUAGAGAGAGGGAGAGAGCAUGACAGAGAGGGAGCAAGAGAGAGGAAGAGAGCAGGAGCAAGAGAAAGGGAGAGAGCACGAGAGAGAGGGAGCAAGAGAAAGGGAGAGAGCACGAGAGAGAGGGAGCAAGAGAGAGGAAGAGAGCGGGAGCAAGAGAGAGGGAGCAAGAGAAAGGGAGAGAGCACGAGAGAGAGUGAGCAAGAGAGAGGAAGAGAGCAUGAGAGAGAGGGAGCAAGAGAAAGGGAGAGAGCACAACAGAGAGGGAGCAAGAGAGAGGAAGAGAGCGGGAGCAAGAGAAAGGGAGAGAGCACGAGAGAGAGGGAGCAAGAGAAAGGGAGAGAGCACGAGAGAGAGGGAGCAAGAGAAAGGGAGACAGCACGAGAGAGGGAGCAAGAAAAAGGGAACAAGUGGGAGAGAGCAUACCUCAACCUUUCCUCAGGAAUUCAGAUCUGA